AUGAUUUGCGAGAAGAGGAGCCUGAGCUCGAUCGAGCUGAGGAUCGAGCUGAGAUCAGGCCAGGAGAGUGCGGAUUUGGGUGAGCCUGAGUGCUAUUACUUUGAGGAGUAUGAGGCUCCAAGGAUGAACCCCUCUGUUGUGGCUGCCCACAAGAGGAUUGGACUUCUCCAAAAGUUCAACAAAUGGCAAGGGAAAGCCAUUGAGAAGAUGCAAAAGUCCAUGGACAAGAUGGUGAGCAAGAUCAAAAGUUUGGAGAAGAAGAGCCUCACAGAGCCUCUUCUUUCGAGCCAAGGGAAGGAGAAGACAACACGCAGAGAAGGAGGAAGAGUUCCAAGGCCAGACGCUCCAGCUCGACCACCGGACUCGAUCGAGUCCAAACAGAGGAAACUCAACUCGAUCGAGCUGACGGUCGAGUUGACCUGGAGGAGCCCCUGUUUGAGAACCCUGGAUUCGAGUACGAUCCAACGCUACCAGGACUUCUCCAGACCACUGGACCCCUACAACAGCUUCGAGCAAGCACAGCUCCACCAAGGCCAAGGGAGCCACACACAUUUCGAUGAAGAAGAGGAGAAGAGGAGCCGCAAGCUCGAUCGAGUGAGCGCAAGAGGAACCCAGUUGCAGUGGAGUGCUCCUGAUGGCCGUCUACCAUCUCCAGACCACGACCUAGCCUCCCAGUUCUUUGGGGGGCACUGA